CAAAAUGAUAAUGAUAAGAUAACACACCCAUUUUGUUGUAGCCUGCGACCUGUGAAUCUAUUUCGGAUAUGGUUUUAUUGUUUACCGUGUAAUAACCAUGGAAAAUCGUGGGCAUGUCGAAGAAAUUCCACCGGAGAGGCAAGUAAGGAGGGUGGAGGACUUACGUUUGGACAGUGUAGUGGCAUCGCAACCAGAAGUAGGACCUACACCUCCCGACGGUGGCUACGGAUGGCUAAUUGUAGUGUCUGCCGCAGUGUAUCAUGUUACAGUUCCCAGUCUCUUGUCACUCUACGGUUUUGUUAUUCUGAAGACGAUAAAAGAGGAAGACCACGAAGAAGGUGAAAAGUUGAAGAUAUGGGACGCAGAUAUCGCUCUAGUGCCGUUCAUUAUGGUGGUGCUGAGAUUACUUCUGGAGUCUUGGUGCAGGGCUGUGGUGAAAGUGUUCAACAUGCCGCGAUUCAUGGCCCUCUCCGGCCUCUGUUUGACAGUGGCUGGUGUGUUGAUGUCCAGCUACGCUACCGACAUCGACUACAACGACCAUAUAGUGAGCAUUUUCGCGGGAAUAUUUGCAGGCAUCGGUUGUGCGCUCACCGGUCAACAGACAGAAGUGAUCAUAACCCAUUACUUUAGGGAAAAGCUAACAAUGGCACAACGAUUAGUGCGAAUGGCUCCGUCUGUCGGAAACACCCUGAUGCCUGUGCUAAUCGGCUACAUGUGCACCAAGUAUGAUGCCAGCGCCGUCGUCAUGAUCUACGCGGCCAUCAUCAUGCAGAACUGCGUUUUCCUCGCGGCAUACACCAGACCCGUCUACAUUGAGAAAGUUAUAAGAACUACCUACAACAUGCUGCGGGACGCGACGGAAGACGAUGACGAGGUCAUAUUCUCGAAUCAGAACAGACCAGCUGACCAACCACAGAGCUCGACGAAGGCAGACGAACCAAUCGGAACUCACGAUGAGGAUGUCAACGACGUCGUAGUUUUCAAAUCUAAAAAAGAUGCCAAGGAAAUAAUGGAUCCUGCCAUAGAGUAUAGGGAGAAACGAUCCGCCACCGCUGCGAACAACGAGAACAGAUUCUCGUCAGAUUUCAGCUCGAUGUUUGCUGAGACUUCUAAUCGGUUCUCAUCCAACUUCGGCUCGCAGGAUGUUUUCAACUACAACAGGGUCAAUGGCUAUCAGGAAUUGGAGAACAUCGACGCGCAUAACCCUCAACCUUUGUACAGGGAAACGACCGUCGAUGCGCCUAAUAACAUCGCAGUAUUCCCGGAAGCAUCACCGGGCACAAUCAGGAGAACAGCAUCCAUCAAGAAGAACUUGAUAACUAUCACAAACAUGCUUCUCGACAUUAACUUCUAUAUGUACGCGCUCUUACAUGUGUGCACAACAUUCUCUAUCACUGUUCUUGGCGUGUUCUUCCCCGCUUUGGUGUGGGAAGUGAGCCAGUCUGUGAUGAAGCAAUCCCUAAACAUUUGGUCUAUAUCGAGUCUUGUGGCGGUUGCGCACGCGUCUGCGCUCUGCUUCAUAAUGCUGUGCAUUGUGAUGCCAAAAUCUAUCAACGAGAAGUCGAGGCUUUGCGCCGCCUUCUGUAUAGUAGGCGCCCUCGGGUUCUAUGGUAUCACAAUAUCAGGCAACAAGAGCUUCCUAGUUCUAUGGUGCAUGUGCGCGAGUUUCUCUACAGCAGCAUCUGGUAUCCUUCAACAGCCUCUAUACAAUAGUACGCUGAACGAGUUCGAUACCACGGCUACGAUAACCGCUACCAACUUACUAGCAGCCGGAUUCAUACUCGCCUGGUCUUUGGCCAGGAACUACGAGUACAAGACGAGUUUCUUAACCGCCAGUAUACUGCAGAUUGCGACCGCUUUGAUCUUCUUCGCCAUGUCCUUUAGGAGACGUAGAUAGUUAUAUUUUUUAAGCAUACAACCAAUCUUUGGUAUUACUUUGUAUUGUAAGUUUUUAAGCAUGACGUGGCGAUCGAAUUCGAUUU